CCGACUCGAAUGACCAAGGCGACUCACCGUUUUCCAGGUGACUCACGUUCCCGCGGCACCCCCGGCGGCCGCAGCGGCAGAAACGGCCACCUCCGCAAUUCGGAGUCGCGCGUCUGUCAGAAGGAGGCAGGCCCUUGGAAGCACGCCCACUGCCAUGUUCUUUGGUGUCCUAGCAACCAGAAACUCUCAUCUGAGCUCUGUGACCAGCACAGAGGCCAUAUUCUCCCGACUGCUGUGCCUUGCAGCCUCUCUGGGUCUCUGAGCACCUGUUCAUGCAGCUUGUGGGUGCACUGAAAGCCACCACUUGAGCCCAGGGACACCCAGAACCCCAGCCCAGCCGAUGCCCUGGCAAAAUGAGCUUCUCGCUCACCUUCUCCGAGCUGGUCAGCGUCGCCAUCCCGCAGUGUGGCGUGUUAAACUUCAAGGCCUUGCAUCUCCUGUUGCAUGGCAUCCUGGAGCACAUCCACAUGGCGGAGCUCAAGAAGGUCCUCUCGGGGGACGAGGACUUCCUCCAGUCCUCGCAGACCAUGUUCAUGCCGCGGGAGGGAGAUGCCCAACCCAUCCCCAACCCCAUGAAGAGGCUGAACAACGUCUUUGACCACGUGGUGAGCCGCAUCGACAAGAUGGAGAGCCAGCUGGCUGCGCUGCAGGAACUGCCCUCCACCUCCGAGCUGCUGCAGGGUAGCCAGGGGACCAGCCGGCCCGCCCAGGAACUGUGGCAGCUGAUAAAGCUCCGGAAGGUGGUGGAGGGCAACGAAGAAGCCAUGGAAAAGUCUAUGAAGACCCUGCAGGAUUUGCUCACCGACGUUCAUGCACUCAAAGUCAGCGUUGAAACCCUCAGGAAGGAUGUGGACAUUCUGAAGAAAAUGUUUGAGAAGAUACACCUGGAAAAAACAGGCACUUUCUUUGAAGAUGUGAAAAGGCACAACCGGAAGCUGAUGAGCUGCAACAGGAAGUGCUUGUUCUCCAGAAAAAGAUUCUCACCUUCCCCAGAGCUGAGGACCUGGAACUCUGGAGAAGCCUCCACAAGGCCACGUCCAUCCCACCCAGCCCCCUUUUCUGCAGGGAACUUUUCCACGGGGAGCUUUUCACUACAGUUGAAGGAAUCUGAGCACUUUGAAGAGCACCUCCCAGAGACUGACCUUCCCCAGACUACCAAGGACCUUGAAAGUGUUGGCCCGGUCUCAGACGCUGCCCAGUUCCUCAAGCCCUUGGAUGUUGUCUGGCAUUACCAUGUUCCAGAGCAACUGCAGCAGGAGGAGUCUGCCCAGGCAGUUCCACUCACAGGGGCACAGGAGCUGGGCCAGCCUCAGGUGCUCAAGCCUGGGCCAGCACCCAAGGUGGAGCCUGAGCCUGGACCUCGACCUGGUUCCCUGCCACAGCCAAAGCCUAAGCCCAUGCCUGCACUGGGGCCCAGGCUGGGACCCACUCUGACACCUGGGCUGACGCCAGCAUCUGGGCCCAUGUUCCAACCUGGGCCUGCCCCUAUACCUGGGCCUGACCUUGGGCCUGCUUCCGGACCUGGACCUGACCUUGGGCCUGCCCCCGGACCUGGACCUGACCUUGGGCCUGCCCCCGGACCUGGGACUGACCUUGGGCCUGCCCCCGGACCUGGACCUGACCUUGGGCCUGCCCCCGGACCUGGGACUGACCUUAGGCCUGCCCCCGGACCUGGACCUGACCUUGGGCCUGCCCCCGGACCUGGACCUGACCUUGGGCCUGCCCCCGGACCUGGGACUGAUCUUGGGCCUGCCCCCGGACCUGGGACUGACCUUGGGCCUGCCCCCAGACCUGGGACUGACCUUGGGCCUGCCCCUGGACCUGGACCUGUGUACGGAGCUGGGGCUGACCCAGGCCCUCUGCCCAUACCACCAGGAGUCUGGCCUCUGCCACCAGGAGGCUGGCCUCCUCCCAGAGGCUGGCCCACACCUAGCACUAGGCCUUUCUUGGGCUUAGACUACUUCGCGUGGCCCAGGCCAACUGGGCCCCCUGCCUGCUCAGCUCCAGGGCGUCAGAGACACACAGCCGGCCACAGAGCUCGACUCGGCCUGGCUUCAUCCAAUGCGGUCAUGGUCUCGCCAGGAAGAGAUGCACCAAAUGGGGAAGAUUAUUUACGGAAUAUGAAAAUCCUUCAGGACAGAGCCCCCAGGACUGAGGCCCCCAGUGAAGCCCCCGUUAAGCCCCAUUCUGCCCUUUCGCGGAUGAAAACCACUGCUGCCAUUACAGGCGCUGCCACUGCCGCCUAUGUAUCUGCCACAACCUCAGCAGCCCGGGCAGCCGAGAUUGCCGCCAGGGCUGUCAAGGACGCGCCUGCCACCAAAUUGGCUACCUUAGCAACAAACGUGGCUGCAUCCGGCCCUUUAGGGGUCUCUGCAGACAUUGUGGGUGCAGGUUUUUUCCGUGGGGCCACAGCCCCCAUGGCCUUCACUGAUGACACCGAGAAGGAAGACUUAUCACAGGAGAUAGACUUUUCGUCGCAUGCCUCUGAUAUGGCCCUGUCCAAGGCCAUGCUGGCCGCCAAACAGGCUAUGACCCCUGCAGACAAGAAGAAGGCGGGCAAGUAUACCAUGAGCCACCUAGCCCAGAUGCCCAUUAAGCACGACUCCCUGAAAGAAGAGUUUGCCCAGCUGUCAAACAACCUGCAACAGCACUUGACUUAUCUAGUUAAUAUGGGAAUUACUUCCAAGCUUGGGACAACAGUGGGCACAUUGCAAGAAAAGAUUGUCAGCCUCCAGAAAUCCAGGAUGCAGGAGGAGGAACUCCAGAGAAUUUGGGGCCACCAAAUAGCGAUGAUGAAGGAUCAUCAGGUCGUGCUGGACAGGGCAGUGGAAAAGGUCCACAUUCGCCUGGACGAGUUAAAGAUUCUCCAGGCUCAAAUAAAAGACCUAGAAAUGCAAAAAGUGGACAAAAGUGUGAUGGACCAGGAGUUAAAAAAGAAAGCCGACAAGAGCUUUGUGGCAGGCAAGGCAAGCCGGGUUGACCUGGAGACGGUGGCAAUGGAGCUGAACGAGAUGAUUCAGAGCGUACUAGUCAGGGUCCUGUCCCAUGAAAACGACUUGAAGAAGGUUAUGGAGCAGCUCAGCAGGCACCUGGGCACCAAGCUGAUCCACAGGGAUUUGAACAAUCUAAAGGCAGACAUAGAUGAGGUCUAUCAAAUCGUCAUGAAGCUGCUGAUCAGAGGUCUCCGGUUUGACCCCGACAGCGCUGCUGGCUUUAGGAAGAAACUGUUUGAGCGGGUGAAAUGCAUUUCCUGUGACCGGCCUGUGGAGAUGAUGACUGGCCCGCAUCUCGUCACCAUCCGCAAAGCACACCUUCUGUCUCGGCUGCGGCCUGCCAGUGCCAACAGCUACGAGUACCUGCAGCGACCACAAAUGAGGGAACAGCACAUGCUACAGCAGCUCCAGGACCGUGGAGACCAGAAGGACUGGGGCGACGGCCCUGGGAAUGACACCAACCGCAAGUUCCAGUCAAAUAACUUGUCGACCCUCUACCCCUACGGGGACCCUGAGACGUUAGACUAUGACACUACCGAGGUGGACAUCCUGGGAGUGGAUGGGAUCCUGUACAAAGGCCGAAUGACCGACCAGGGCGGUGUGCAGCCACCAACCAGCAUGGAGAAGGAGCUGGCUGCUGUGAAGAGUACGCGUCCCCCGACUCGAAACCUGUAUGAGCGUUUUGGUGCCAUCUACCCCUCCCUGCGCCCUCAUGCCAGCGUCCGCUCGGCCACUUUGGGCCCCCACCCAACGGCACCAACUCAGCCUCCGUCUCUGCCUCCCCUGCCACUGCUGCCACCGCUGCUGCCACCCCUGCGGGACCCCAAGCAGGCCCCAGGGUCCACCAAGCACCCAAGGCCUCAGCACCUCGAGUCCCUCGAGUCCAGAGCCAGCACGCAGCCCACCUAGGAGCCCACCAGCCCGUGAGCCCUGCCCCCAUCGUCCCCUCCACUCCCCCACUGGCCAAGACCAGGCCCUGAGCCCGGCCUGGGGAAGGUGCAGGGGCCCUGGACAUAGGGGCAGGUCUCCGCCAGGGACUCUUUUUGAUCCAGUGACUGUUUUCAAUCCUUCUUAUCCUACAUUUCAUGGAGAACACAGCUUUCUAGGUUAAAUUUUCCACUAAGCCAAUUUAAUUCCUUGACCAAUUUUCAAUACAACACAGUUAAAGCUGUUUUCAAAACAAUCACUUCCUUUUUAUCUUGCUGAAGUGAUUUCAUCAGAACCCGUUCCAGUUCCAGCUCUUGCCGAUGUCCAUUUUCUUUGGAGGCCAUUAUUUCUACCAGGAUGAAUUUUCUCAUGGGAACCUAAUAUUGUUUUUAAUUUUACAUUUGUUACAAGUUUGUGUUGAUAAUUUCCACCAGCAAUUACUGUUAUGAAUUGGAUAUUUAAAGAAGCUGAUUGUUUAUAUUUACUUCUGGCUAAUCCCUGAGGAACUUGGGGCAAUGCCCCUGGAAUACUCCAGGACUGCUCUGUCCCAUCCAGGGCUGGGGUCCUGCACGUGUGUGUGACAUGUCUGGUUCCCAUGCUAACUGCCCAUGUGCCCAGUGGAAGAGAGUACACCAGCAGGUCAGAGCGUCCUGAGCUGGCAGUUUAGUGGCGCUCCUUGGAUCGCAGAGCAGAGUUCAUACCUGCCGUCCGGCAUCCUGCAUGCCUAGCUUGAUUUUCCCCCUUGGAUAGUUUAUCUGUCCCUUCCUUCUCUCUCUGUGUCGUUCCCUCUCCCUUUCCACUGCCUGGCUUGUCCAGUUGUGCUCUCUGUCCUUUGUGUACUUCUGACACUUCUAUCACAUUUCACAAAGACUACGGAAAAUGUCCCUCUGCGCAGUUUCAGGGCGUGACCCCCGCAACAUCCACUAGAGACCUUGGGAUGGCAGAGGGAGUGAGGCAGUGGGGUGGGGGUGAGCUGCCCCAGGGUCUGCCCCCGGGGAGGACAGGGGGCUCCAGGCGCUGCCAGGGAACUGGCAUGGAGGAGGAUUCCCUGGACCUGAAGGCCAUCGAGUCUCGGGACAGGGUGUGCCUGUGCCUGCCCCCUUCCUAAGGUCCCCCAGCCCUUCCCCCCCAGCUCCUUACGGGCAGCCACUCCCAACCCUGACUCCUCUUUUCUUUCUCCAGGGCCUGUGUCCAAGCUCUUCCUGACCCAGGUCCACACCACUUUGGGGGGCACUGGUGGUGCAGCCCAAGCCCCUGCCCCCACCCCCACAUCACAGAGGAGUAUUUUUGGCAACUUUCCCGAGAAUAAAACCUUCCAUCUUUCAUUUUUCUGACUGUGGAUGACGGUGACUAGCCUGGUGUCCUCUCUGGAGGGUGGCCUUGCCUGCCCCAUUUGGAUGGGGGGCCUCCUGGUCCUUCCUCGGGCCACCACCCCAAGUUCAGCCUCCUAGAGCCACUGCCCAGAGCCACCCUGGCCGACCCUCGGCAGAGAAUUGCACCAACCUUCCCUUCUCCAUCAUACUCGCCAGUGCCCUGAGCUGCCCCAGGGCUGUGUGGCGGCAGGUCGGGGUCUGUGGGCGGGGUCGUGACGUGCCCAGCGUUACAGUGACGCCUCAACUCUCUGGCUCCCCACCCAGGAGGCUGUACUUCUUGGGUGCUGUACACAAGUAUGAGGGCCUCAACCACCAUCACUUCCCCAGAGGCAGGAAAGGGAGGUGUGGCCCGGGCUCCGCAAACAGGGAGCUGUGGGCUCCAGGGGAAGCACUCACUGCCAGCCUCGUCUCCCGAAGCCCCGACACGUGGGCACCCACAGGCACCAGGGAGCAAUGCUGCCCCUCUAAUCAAUCCCCAUUGAGCCCUUCAAAGCUGUCUUCCCAGCCAUUUCGCAGGUUGCCUGACUUGGUUCCUGCAGCCAAGGUUGUGAAGAGUGAGACCCAGGUAGGUCACCCUUUUUGUCACCGUUUGCAUUCUGAUAGGCCUUCUCGGUGCUCUGGAAGGGAGGGAACCACACAGUCCCAACUGCAGUCAGGCGGGUGCAAUCCCGGAAGAUGGCAGUCUCGUCCCCCAUGGGGGUGGGGAAGCCGGCCUUUGGCAGAAUCCUCUCCAAGGACAGUGGCAGCACUCCCCUCCCCAUCUCAGCGCCAGGGGGUGGGCCUGCA